CUUCGCUAGUCCCGACGUUAUCCUUAGGGUGUUUCAUGUCAACGCUUCUUCCUUCUCCGUUUUUUAGUAAAUGGUGUCGAUCGUCGUGGGAGAAGAUUUCUAUCACAUCAUUCGGACAUUUUGCACGGAUCUAAGAAACUUUCCUCUCAUUCGGGCAUUAGGAGAUCUCUUCUGCCAAGAAUUCCACCCCCUUCACCCCGUGAGGACAAACGAGCGGCGGCCGACAUCGGAGAUUGAUAGCGUGGCAGUUCAUGCAGAAGAGCCCUUCGUAACCAGCCCGGAAGAGUGGUUCUUGAAGCGGAACAGGCAUCAAAACUAUGAAGAUGAUGGAGAUCCAAAUUUUGUUUUCGAUGUAUUGGAUUCGGUCAUUGUUGGGACCAUGGAGCGGCUGAAGAAACUCAGGGAAAGCAUCUCUUUUGUUGGCAAAUGUAAUUUAUAUGGAGAAUUGGCUUCUAAUCUGAGUUUCAAUCAUAACUUCAAGCCUGCUUGUGAAACUGAUUGUCUGCUAAUUAGGAAUUUCUGUUUCAAAAAUAAGGCAGAAGAUGCUCUACUCCUACAUAACUUGUUACUGCAGAGUCAUGCUAAGCCCGAUUUGGCUACAUAUAAUAUCCUUUUGAAUGCACUUUGUAAGAUUGGCAACUUGUGGACUGCGGCUUGGCUUCUUAAUGUGAUGUCGAAAGUCGGAGUUUCCCCUAAUAAUGUAACGUAUAACACUCUUAUUUACGGAUAUUGUCGCUCCGAAAAUAUAGAAAAUGCUCUCCAUUUGUUCUCAUCGAUGUACAGUAACGGAGUAAAACCCAGUGUCGUCACUUGCAAUAUACUGGUCCAUGCCUUGUGUAAAGAGGGAUUUCUUGAUAGAGCGAAGAAACUCUUGGAUGAGAUAUUAGAUCAAAAUAUAGAUGCAAAUUUAAUAACGAAGACAAUUUUUAUCGAUGGAAGUUGUCGGAGAGGAGAUUUGAAACACGCACUCGAGCUCUGGAAUGAUAUGUUCGAGGAAGGACUAAGCGUUGAUCGCAUUGCAUAUAAUGUGCUCAUUAAUGGGUUUUCUUUGGUUCAAAGCACACAUCUUGCCUAUAGAUACAUAUGUGAAAUGUGUAAAAGGGGUUUUCUUCCUGAUAUUGUGACAUUCAAUACACUUAUAAGUGGCCAUUUUAAGGAAGGGGAUAUUGAGGAAGCAUGUGAAAUUCAUGAAAAAAUGGGGCUUUUUGGUGUUGUGCCGGAUCAUAUGUCAUACAGGUUGCUCAUUCAAGGUCUUUAUUUACACGGUGCGCUAUUCAGAGUUUUUGGGUAUAUCCUAAAUAUGUUGAAUGAUGAGAUGGUUCCGGAACCUCUUAUUUGGAAUCUCGUCAUGAAUGGCUACGCACGAAAUGGUGAUACUGGGCAUGUUAUUUUUUGGAGAAAUAUGAUGAAAUCAUGUGGCGUGAUUUCCAAUACAUACACUUAUAAUGCAUUGAUCCUGGCGGAAUUGAAGGGAGGGAAAAUAGCACUAGCUUUAUCUCUUAAAGACGAGAUGAUAUCUAUGGGACAGUUUCCUGAUGUAGUCACAUAUAACAUGUUAAUUCGUGCUGCAUGUAACAUCGGUUGUAUGAAUCAUGCAAAUAAUUUACUUCAUGAGAUGCUAAACCGAGGCUAUAAACCUGAUAUAAUCACUUACACCGAGUUAAUUCGAGGUCAUUGUUUAAAAGGCGAAAUGAAGAAGGCGGAAGAUAUCCUUAGCCUGUUAGAGAGGACAUUAUAUUCUUCCCUUGAUCAUGUACCAUUUCAAUUAAUCAUUAAACACUAUUGUAGGAGGGGAAAUGUUGUAGAGGCAUACAAGGUUUAUGAAAAAAUGUUAAGGAACGGUCUUGUUGGAAGACAUUCCUUGUAUUAUUCAUUAUUGACAGAGCUAAGGAAGGGAGGUUUCCAUUUUGAAGCUAGUCAAGUUCAUCAUAAACUGAGUGGUUUGGUGCUACAGGGAUGAAAACUUGGGCUAAUAUAGUAGCAUUCAGUAGAUGCCAUGAAGUCAUGAACUUUUGAAUCCACAUAGCUCAAUUCGAGCCAACUCGUUUCAAUUUUGAGCUGGAUCAAGUUUGAUUUAAUUUCGAGCCGAUUGGCUCGAAACUGGAUGCAACGAGACACGAGCCGAUAUUGAGCUGUAUUCAAACACUUCGAGACAAUCUCGAGCCGUCCUUAGCUCGGCUUGAAAUCAAAUUGUUCACUGCCUUAGUCUUGAGCCUCAGAGUUGUUAUGGCGAUCAACUUAACUAGUUCAGUUUUUGUUUGCACAUGUGCAUCAUUGCUGCUGCAUUUUGCGAAUGUGGGUGAACUCUUCAAGCCAGCUGCAACAUCCAUAUUUUCAGAAUUGAUCUGCUGUAAGAUAAUCAUCCAACUUACUCCUCAACAUCUCAAUAUUUAUUAUUAUUAUUCAGUUUUGUAUUAAUAUUUUCAUCCUGAAAGCUAUAAAUUUUCACGGUUCAUGAUUAUCAUUAUAUGGAAUAACUCCUUCCUAUUUGCAACCCCUUACCCUAGAUUUUUAUAGCGCCAU